AAGAGUUGGGGGUCAGGGGUGAGCCGGAAAUAGGUACGUGGCUGUUGCUGCUACACCAGCUGACGCUGAGGAUGAUGGCAGGGGUAAGCUCUGAAAGAUUGGAAGUAUCUAUCGAUGGUCUUACAUUAAGUCCAGAUCCCGUGGAACAGGCAACUUGGGGAGAAAAUCACAGAGACAGCACUCACCGGCUAGAUGGGUGUGGACAGCACAACCACUCUUGGAACAAUAUGGAAGAGCAGGAAGAGCACUAUAGUGAAGGAGAGGCAGAAAAAAUGGAGAGGGGAUGGGGUUUUGGACUGCAUGAACUCUAUGGCCUGGCUCUUCGUUUUUUUAAAGAAAAAGAUGGUAAAGCCUUUCACCCAACCUAUGAAGAGAAACUUAAACUUGUGGCUUUACACAAGCAGGUAUCGUUAGGUCCUUUCAAUCCAGAUGCAUGCCCUGAAGUUGGUUUCUUUGACGUUCUUGGAAAUGACAGAAGGAGAGAAUGGGCUGCUCUGGGCAAUAUCUCAAAAGAAGAGGCAAUGACCGAAUUUGUGAAGUUGCUUAACAAAUGUUGUCAUUUAUUUGCACCAUAUGUCAUAUCCCAUAAAAUAGAAAAAGAAGAGCAAGAAAGAAAAAGGAAAGAGGAGGAAGAAAGGCUACGCAGGGAAGAAGAGGAACGUGAACGGUUACGACAGGAGGAAGAGAAACGUAGACAGGAGGAAGAAGAGAUGAGGCGAAGAGAAGAAGAGGAAAGAAGAAGGGUAGAAGAAGAGAGAUUCCGCAUGGAACAACAGAAACAACAGAUCAUGGCUGCCUUGAAUGCUCAGACAGCGGUCCAAUUCCAGCAGUAUGCAGCCCAACAGUAUCCUGGGAAUUUUGAACAGCAGCAGAUUUUAAUCCGCCAGCUUCAAGAACAGCACUAUCAGCAGUACAUGCAACAGCUUUACCAGGUCCAACUCGCUCAGCAACAGGCAGCCUUACAGAAACAGCAAGAUGCAGUGUCUGCUUCAGCAGCAUCAGUUGCAAGCGCAGCUCCACCAGGAGAAACUCCAUCUCUGAAUGGACAGGCAGACUUGCAUAGUGUUUGCCCAGAACAAGAACUGCAAGCAGAUUUGUCAGAGGAGGCACUGGAGAAUGGACCAAAAGAUGCAGCACCAGUUAUUGCUGCUCCGUCCAUGUGGACCAGACCGCAGAUCAAGGACUUCAAAGAAAAGAUUCGACAAGAUGCAGACUCUGUGAUCACAGUUGGACGUGGGGAGGUUGUGACAGUUCGAGUGCCCACUCAUGAGGAGGGCUCCUACCUUUUUUGGGAAUUUGCAACAGAUUAUUAUGACAUUGGCUUUGGGGUGUACUUUGAAUGGACGGAUUCCCCUAACACCACAGUCAGUGUGCAUGUUAGUGAAUCCAGUGAUGACGAUGAAGAAGAAGAAAACAGUGAAGAAAAAGCCAAAAAGAAUACUAACAAGCCUCAAGUCGAUGAGAUUGUGCCAGUGUAUAGACGGGACUGUCAUGAGGAAGUGUAUGCUGGCAGUCAUCAGUACCCAGGAAGAGGAGUAUAUCUUCUAAAAUUUGACAAUUCUUACUCUCUCUGGAGAUCAAAAACUGUUUACUACAGAGUAUAUUAUACUAGAUAAAGGUGUGACGGUAAUAGUGAACACUUGGGAUAUGUGGAAAGAAGAAGUUCUAUUUCUCCUAGAAGCACUAUUGACACUCUUGUUAGUACUGGAAUUUGUCUAGUGGAGUGAAAAGUGCAGCUUGAUGUCCAAGCUUGGUCAAAGUAGUUGAAAGUUGCUGAUGAGAAAUUUGUAACCAAAGCGUCAUAACUGCUGUAUUCUAACAUCUUACAAAUGUCCCCUAAUAUGUUUGUUCAAGUUCAUCUGCUUGUUCCUUGUUGUAUUUAUUUCUAAAAAGCUGUAAGAAAUUAAAUUACUUUUUAUGGGAAUACAGAUGCCUCCUCACAGGUUCACACUGCUGCAAAUUAUGUAUUUCUUGCAAGUAAAACAUUUAGUAACAGCAUACGCAGUCCUAACCUGAAGAGCACUGCUUGAAAAGUUUGGCAUAAUUCACACAAGAUGUGCAAGUCCUAAAGAAUCUGUACCAUUAAGAAGGCAGAGUCUUAGUACUUAGUUACGCUCUUUUAAGCUGACAGUUUUUUGAAACCCAAGUCUAAGGAUACAGAAGUGCUUCACCAGAGCCUUCAGUUUCAGCUGCUGAGGUCCACUUUGUAGAAGGAUAGUGUAUUCAAAUAUGCUGUCCACAUCCAAAGGUCUAGCAGGGCACAGUAGAGGUCUUGCAUGUAUGUAAAUUUGAAGUGGCAUUUGUUAAAAAUACAAGAAUUUAUAGGGUAAUCCGAAAUGCUGAUUGGAUAAAUUUAAAGUGGAAUAAAUUACUGCACAUUGCUUUUAUGACAUGCUAGAUAUUUAAUCAGAACUUAUCUGAAACUAAAUUUUGUAUAGAGUCCAGCACUUAAAAAAGUUGUGUCAUUACAUUACAUUAAACAAAGUCAUCCAGUCAGAUGGUCUGAGAGUACUAUAUACUGUCAUAUUUUACCAUUUACAUUUCAAACUUCAAGUUAUCCAUCCAGUCUCUUCAAGUGCAGUGUUGACGUUUAAUGUUUGUAAUGGGCUUCUUGGAAUUAUAACUUGUACAAUUUAAUUUGGGCAAGGAUCAGUAAGAAGUGAAGGGUAGUAUCUCAUAAAAAAAAAAAUUUGAUGAGUUUUCAAAAUUGGCAGUGCAUCCAUAGGAAUUUUUUUCUCUGUCAGACAGACAAACUGGGGUCUGUCCUGUGGUAUCAUGUAUAGUCACCCUGUUCUAAGGUAGUAUGCAUCUUAUUCCCUGAGAUUGCUGCAUUGUGGCAUUUGUGUGUAGGUACACAUUGCCAAGUCAAAUUAAAGUUUAUAUUCCUAAACUGAAAUGGAAUGUAGGACAUAUUAAUUGGCAUCCUUUGUAGGUUUCUAAGAUUCCUUAAUCCAAACUUUAGCACUGUGUCAUACCAUUCUUGGUGUAAUAUGUAGAAAGCUCUGUUCCUCAAAUUGUCGUUAUUUAGAGCAGCAGUUAACAUUUUUAUUUGUCCAGAAGUGUUCCUGUGAAUUGAUGUACCACUUUCUUGGUUUAGUAGAAGGCUUUGAUAAUCCCAGACAUUUCUGCACAUCCCUAGUGUGUUUGUGCUUUUUGUAUAAAAAUUACAUUUGCACAGAGUGCAGUAGACUAAUUAACUAAAUAUGUUUGGGGUAGACACUUGUUUAUGCUACAUUAACAGUUUGUAAAUUGUUAUGAGUAAGAGCUCUGUUCCAAAACCUGAAUGUCUAAUAAGCUGAUUUAACUGACAGUUAUCUACAUCUGAACUGAAAUUCUGGAGGAGGAUGACGGCAUGAGCACUAGAAGUGACAGUGCCCUCACUAUCAUGAAUAUAAGUCAGUAUUUUAUGAGAAAAAGCUGUCUUGUUUGGUUUGUACUGUACAAUGUUGGACAUGGAUCCACCACGCAUGACGAAUACAUUAUUCAGUUUUCCUGUCGAUGUGUACAUUCUUCAGUCUGGGUCAUCAGCGUAUAGUGCUCACUCCUUUGGAGUAGCAACAAAUACCACAACUUAAUGUAGCUGCUGCUUCUGUGCUGUAUGUUACCUGUAGUAGUAGUAGACACAAUACCUCCACUGCUCGCUACUCUCAGCCUUUUCCAGUUGACAUGAUUGCUGCAGUAUCUCAUUUCAGUUUGUUUUUUUAACAGUUACUAAUCCUUUGGAGUAGCAACAAAUACCACAACUUAAUGUAGCUGCUGCUUCUGUGCCUUAUGUUACCAGUAGUAGUAGACACAAUGCCUCCACUGCUUGCUACUCUCAGCCUUUUUCAGGUGACGUUUGCUGCAGUAUCUCAUUUCAGUCAGUUAUUUUUUUUUUUUGUUUGUUUUUUUUAACAAUUACUAGGCAUGAGUGAGAUUUGAGCAUUGAAACAUCUGAACUUGUAAGACUGACACAAGGUCACAACUCAAAACAUUUAACUCAUGAUUGAGUUAAUUAUAAUUUUUUUUUCAAAAUGAAUAGCUCUGGGCUUAGUUUUCUGGUUCCAUUCAAGGAAAAUAGCACUCAGCGUUUAGGAAGUCAUGCAUUUUAAAUCAUGACCUGAACAUCUCAAGAGAUUAAAAUGUACAUAAAACUGUUUCAGUUCAUUAUUACUGGAGUCUUGUGUUUGGGGUAUGUGAACAGCCAUGCUAAAUGACUUUUUCUACAGACUUGCUUUUCACAGUAAAUUUUGACUGGCUCGUCUCUUUUCUUCCGUUUUAUUGGGUGAUAUGUAAUUUGUGCAUUCACCCUUCAGACAAGUGUUUUUAGUUUUUCUUGGCCUUCUGUUGCCCUGCAUGUUCUAGAACUGACUGUUGUUUCUAUAGGUAUUUUAUUUCAUAACUUACUUUGCUGCAGUUUUCAGGCAGGAAGUGCUUGGAGCUCAGCUUUCUAUCCUUUAGCAACAGAAUAUAAUAAAUUAGGUAUCACUAUUUAAUGUGGUGAUGAGGAACCACAUCUUGAGAGUACCUCAUGUGGGAAGUAUGUGGCAUUUUGGUUUACGGAUAUCUGUCUGAAGGGGGGAGUCAAUUUAUUUUAUGUCAGACUUUAGAAUUGGUUUAGUCCUCCUUUGAAGGUGUUUGUGUUAUGUAGCUGACUUUUGGAUUAGUCUUAAUUUGAAGGCAUUGCUUUCAGUGUGUGCCAAGCCUUAUUCAUACACUGCGUGUGUUUGUACUUUCUCUCUCAAGCACAGGUUGGCUGCUGUAGCCAAAGCAGUGUGACACACACACAGGGUAAAAGUAGAGUGCAAGCUACAUGAACAUUAGAAAGACAUCGGUGUUACUCUUAUUUACAUUUAGGAGGAGGAUGGUCAGAAACUAAAUGCCUUCAGUACAAACCAAAUGAAACAAACUGCCUUGAAAUACAAACUGAAAACCUGACACCAUUGAGGGUCUUGCUGGUGGAAGUUUGAUUGUGGGGAUGCCUGAAAGAUCAAGAGGAAUUUUCUUUCUUCAUUUGCUUCACUUUCUGAAGAGAAAACUGUCAAAAAAAGCUUGUUGCUGACUUUAAUCUGCAAGCCUUAAAAUAAAAGUUCACAUGAAUGAUCACUGUUUGGUAUUUUGCAAGUGUAGCUCAGAGGACUUUCUGGCUGCUUAAGUGUUGUACUGGUCAUUUGGGAAUGAGUAAAUCAAAUAAAUUAUAUGGUAUUGUGACUCAUUUUAUCAUGCUUUCCUCCCUUACAUUAAGAUUUGGAAGAAUUUAUUUUUUAUGUUUGAUGUCCGAAGGCUUGUUUUGCAUCCUUUGGUAGCCUGUACUUCAUACUGCUAGGCAGAUCAGGGGUAAAGUUUGAUGGCAAGACCUGGUUUGUUUACUGAUUAUGUACUAUCCCUAAGUAGUCUGAGAAUUGUGAGGACAAACGGAUUUUAAUGUUGGCUUUCCUUUGAAUUGUGACAUCCUUCUGUUCUGCUUGCUUUAAGUGGAGUGUCUUAUUAAAGGACUAGCACUUACGUGGUGCCUUGUAUAUUUUUAAUUUUGCUCUAAUCUUUUAUUUCCCCACCUCACAGAAAAUGGCAGCAUGCAGGGUGCAUCCAUUUGUGUAAACAGCAUGGCAUUUGUCUUCCAUGCCACUCCCUUUUGAAAAGUUUAAUUCUUUGAACAAAUCAUUAUUUCAGUACUAGUAGUAGAAAUAGCGUAAAGAAUUGUGUCAUUAAACGUUGUUCUUACAACUUGAAGAGAAUAAAAGGUGUCUGUUAAACAUUUGUAAGCAUACUGCUGAGAUGGUCUGUGCUAGGUAUGCACUUCUUCACUGCUGAAAUGGGACUUAAAGGGGAGGAGAAGUUAAGUUUACCAUACCAGAAUAAACUCCUUCACAAAGGAUACCGUAAAAAAGAAAGUAACACUGAAAUGUCUUCAUCUUACCUGGAGAUAGACUUAAGAAUGAAAUAAAGUGCACAUCACCAAAUCUAUUUAUAUACUCUUGACAAGUAGAGGGGAGAGUUAAGAUGUAUAUUUUUUCCAUUAUUUUGCUUAUAUUUCUUUUCAAUAGUAUGCACCCUCUCCUUACUAGCUCAGCUAUAAUCCUGGAUUUAUGAAUCAGACAUUAAAUUUCUGAGGAUAGAAAGCGGGAACACUAAGUAGGCAGCCAGUCAUUUUUUUAAUUCACAUUUACAUUGUAAGGUGUAUUAUAUAAGGAAUAGCAGUUUACUUGGACCUGCUGUACUAUUUCAGGAUGAUUGAUGUGCAUACCUGUUUCAUUGAUGAUGGGGAUGGGUUAUGUCAGCUCUAGGGCAGUGUAAAAAUAUGUUCCUGUUUGUUACUGAAAUAUGUCUCUAUAUUGUACAGUGUGUUUUCUAUUUACCUUGACUUAUUUCUGGAAUUGAAAUUUCUGUUGAAUCAUCUGCAGACCUAUACAGUUGUAAAUUACAUGGUAAUUUUUCAUUGUAGUGCAUUUUAUGUUAUUUGAUAAAUGGUUUGUAUAUACACUUUACAUUCAUUGCUGUUUAACAAAUUGAAAGUAUAAAACGUACUGGGAGAUCAGAUUUUUGGGGGUCAUUUAAAAUUCUCAGAAAGUCUGCCAGUGUGUAAAGAUGUUCCAGUAUCAAUUCAUGUGCUUCUCUGGAUACUUUUUUUUGCUACAAAGUUGCAUUAUCCUAAAUUUUUAUUAUAAAGUGUUCUUUACAAUGCAAA